GACAUCGGUCUGUGAGGAAGCAGCUGCACCGGGGGGUGUGUCCGUGUUGUGUUUUCAGCUGUCGCUUGUGUGUGUGUGUGUGAGAAAGAGAGAGUGUGUGUGUGUGUGUGUGUUUCACCGAUGGAGUCGAACAACAGUGCGGCGUACGGAGCCUCGCUCGCCGGAGCGGGAUUCGAUCCCAUCAAAUUCAUCAAACAGCCUCAAACUAUCAUACGGUUCCUCAGCUGGGUGUUCGCCAUUGUGGUGUUUGCCUCCAUAACCGCCGAAGGUUACGUGAACAGCGAGGUUGACGUACAGGUGAAGUGCGUCUUCAACAGGAAUGAAGGGGCCUGUCAUUACGGCGUGGGCAUCGGCGUCAUCUCCUUCCUGGCCUGCUUCGCCUUCCUAUUGGCUGAUGCGGUCUUGCCUUUGAUGAGCAAUGCUCAGGAGAGGAAGUACAUGGUGAUGGCUGAUCUGGGCUUCUCAGCUGCCUGGACGUUCCUGUGGUUUGUGUGUUUCUGUCUCUUGGCGGAUCAGUGGUCAAAGACCCAAGAAACCAGUGGCAUCCCUACAGACGCCGUCCACGCCAUCAUCGCCUUCUCAUUCUUCUCCAUCGCAUCGUGGGGAGCGUUAACGUACUUCGCCCUGAUAAGGUUUCGUCAGGGCGUUGCAGACGUGACCCAGAACUACGCCGAUCCGCCAGCGGACCCCACUUCACCGUAUCCCACCACCUACACACCACCCACAUAUCCGUCCUUCCAGAACACCGGUUCAGACAUCUUCCAGCAGCCGCCCAUCACACCGAACCCUGACCCAUCCGGCCAGAGCAACUACCAGCCACCUGUCUACUGACCCCUGACCUGCACAGAAACCUGAAACACGACACCACGUGACGCCGCAGGCAGCCAAUAGGAGACUGUUUGGCAUUUAACAUGUGGCCUUAAAGGGAUAGUUCACCCAAAAAUGAAAAUUCUGUCAUUAAUUACUCGUGUCGUUCCAAA